CUAGGACGACAGUAAGCUUCUUUGCUUGAGCAAUUCUCUCUUUGUUCUUCCCUUUUCACUCUUCAUUCUUCCCUUAUCUUUCAUACCUACAUCUACAAUCGCACGCAAACACUUUCAAUUUCUCUCUCUGAUCAACCGCCGGCAAACCACAAGGGAAGAAGAAAAAACCCUUGCCUCGAAAACCCUUGAAUCGAACCAUUGGUUGAUUUCUUCAAUAUUGAUUCCCCACUAUCUGAUAUUUUGUCAAUUCGAUCGUCUUUGACGCUAAUUGAUCGUAUUUAAUACUAAUCGUACGAUCAACGAAUCGAUCGGUUGUGUUUUGUGGGCAAUGCUAUUUGUCACGUUGAUUUCAAUAUGAAGUUACGGAGAAGGAGGGCAUCAGAAGUGCCUCCCAAAAUCAAGUCAUUUAUCAAUGGUGUAACUGCUGCUCCACUUGAAAGUAUCGAGGAACCCUUGAAAAGCUUCUUCUGGGAUUUUGACAAGGGGGACUUCCAUCAUUGGAUUGAUCUAUUUAACCACUUCGAUACUUUCUUUGAGAAAUACAUAAAACCAAGGAAAGAUUUGCAAGUUGAGGAUGAUUUCUUGGAGUUUGACCCUCCCUUCCCAAGGGAAUCCGUCCUGCAGAUUUUGCGUGUUGUUAGAAUAAUAUUGGAAAACUGCACAAACAAACACUUCUAUAGCUCCUAUGAGCAUCAUCUUUCUUCUCUACUGGCAUCCACUGAUGCGGAUGUGGUUGAAGCCUGUCUGCAAACUCUAUCAGCUUUCUUAAAGAAAUCAAUUGGAAAACACAUUAUAAGAGAUGCAUCCCUAAAUUCAAAGCUAUUUGCUUUUGCACAAGGUUGGGGUGGGAAAGAUGAAGGACUUGGAUUGGUUUCAUGUGCAGUUGAAAACAUAUCCGACUCAGUAGCUCAUGAGCUGGGUAGCACUCUCCAUUUCGAAUUCUAUGCAGUGAACGAGUCAUCACACGAGUCAAAUCAAGGGCUACAGAUUAUCCAUCUCCCUAAAAUCAAUACAUACGAAAAAUCCGAUCUUGAACUUUUGCACAAGUUAGUUGAAGAAUAUAAAGUCCCACCUAGUUUAAGAUUCUCACUUUUGACAAGAUUACGUUUCGCAAGAGCUUUCACCUCUUUCACUGCUCGACAACAAUACACAUGUAUUCGCUUACAUGCGUUUGUAGUUCUAGUUCAAGCAUGUGGUGAUACUGAUGAUCUGGUCUCCUUUUUUAACACUGAGCCCGAGUUCAUCAAUGAAUUGGUGACUUUAUUGAGCUAUGAAGAUGCAGUUCCUGAAAAGAUUCGGAUUUUAAGUCUGUCUUCUUUGGUUGCACUCUGUCAAGAUCGGUCCCGCCAACCGACUGUGCUGUCUGCUGUGACAUCUGGCGGACACCGUGGCAUCCUGUCUAGUCUCAUGCAGAAGGCUAUUGAUUCUGUGGUUAGUAAAUCGUCUAAAGGGUCUAUUCUUUUUGCUGAAGCUUUACUCUCCUUGGUCACUGUUUUGGUUUCUUCCUCUUCUGGGUGUUCUGCUAUGCGUGAAGCAGGGUUUAUACCAACACUUUUACCUCUUCUUAAAAACACAGACCCUCAACAUCUGCAUUUGGUUGGGACAGCUGUACAUGUUCUAGAAGCUUUUAUGGAUUACAGUAAUCCCGCAGCUGCUUUAUUUAGAGACCUUGGAGGGUUGGAUGAUACGAUAUAUAGACUGAAGGUAGAAGUUUCUCAUGUUGAAAAUGGAUCAAAGCAAGAAGGUAGUACGUCUGUUGAGAUGGAGAGUUCUGAAUCUGAUCAUGAUCAACCUCUUUAUUCUGAAGCUUUGGUGUCAUACCAUAGGAGGUCUUUAAUGAAAGCUUUACUACGUGCUAUAUCACUUGGAACAUAUGCUCCUGGAACCACUGCACGUGUUUAUGGCUCUGAAGAAAGUUUGUUGCCACAUUGCUUAUAUGUGAUCUUUAAAAAAGCUAAAGACUUUGGUGGUGGGAUGUUUUCACUGGCGGCGAUUGUCAUGAGUGAUCUCAUCCAUAAAGAUCCUACUUGUUAUUCGAUCUUGGAAGAAGCUUCUCUUCCUUCUGCAUUUUUGGAUGCUAUAAUGGAUGGUGUGGUUUGCUCUGGUGAAGCGAUAACAUGCAUACCUCAGUGUUUGGAUGCGUUGUGCCUUAAUAACAAUGGCCUUCAGGCUGUGAAAGAUCGUAAUGCUUUGAGGUGUUUUGUGAAGAUAUUUACAUCAAGAAUGUAUCUACGCGCUCUUAUGGGUGAUACCCCGAGUUCAUUGUCUAGUGGUCUUGAUGAACUGAUGAGACAUGCUUCUUCUCUACGUGCACAUGGGGUGGAUACACUGAUUGAGAUUCUGAAAGCCAUUGAAAAGCUUGGAUCUGGAUCUGGACCUGAAGCUACUUCCUCAACUGUGGAUGCUCCAAGCUCUUCUUCUGUUCCAAUGGAAACUGAUGCAGAUGAUAAGAUUGAAAAUCCUGAGAAGGGUCCUGAACAACCUUCUGAUGCAUCUUCGUUGAAUGUCGAGACCUUUCUCCCUGAUUGUGUUAACAAUGCUGCUCGUUUACUUGAAACAAUUCUUCAAAAUUCUGACACGUGUCGUAUAUUUGUGGAUAAAAAGGGAAUCGAAGCUGUUUUGCAGUUAUUCACCCUACCUUUGAUGCCUUCAUCUGUGUCUGUUGGACAGAGCAUAUCUGUGGCUUUUAAAAACUUCUCUCCACAUCAUUCAGCAUCACUUGCUCGAGCAUUAUGUCUUUUCUUGAGAGAGCAUUUGAAAUUAACAAAAGAGCUUCUCGUUUCUCUUGGAGGUAUGCAGCUUGCACAGGUAGAAGAGUCUAAAAGGACAAAGGUGUUGAGGUGCCUUUCUAGUCUUGAAGGUAUCUUAUCUCUUUCAAAUGCUUUAUCAAAGGGGACAACUAAUCUUGUGUCCGAAUUGGGAACCUCUGAUGCUGACGUGUUGAAAGAUCUUGGAGUUGCCUAUCGGGAAAUACUCUGGCAAGUUUCCGUUUCUUCUGAUUCUAAAGUGGAUGAAAAGAAAAGUAGUGAAGCAGAGGCUGAAAAUGCCGCCAGUGCUGCUGGUGGUAGUAAUGGUGGUGGUGAUGGUGAUGCUGCCAUUGCUGCAAGUAAUGAAAGGGAAAGUGAUGAUGAUGCGAGCAUGCCAGUUGUCAGAUACAUGAACCCAGUGUCUGUUCGGAAUAGUACACACCCUCACUGGGGUUUAGAGCGUGACUUUGUUUCAGUUGUUCGAUCUGGUGAAGGGUUCAGCCGUCGCAGCCGACACGGGUUGGCACGUAUACGAGGAGGAAGAACGGGUAGACAUCUUGAAGCUUUACAUAUUGAUCCGGAAGCUUCCAUGAGCAACACUGAAGUAAGCUCUUCCCAGGAUCUGAAGAAAAAAACCCCUGAAGCUCUUGUUAUGGAAAGCCUCAACAAACUUGCUUCUACUAUACGAUCUUUCUUCACCACUCUUGUAAAAGGAUUCCCAUCGUCUAAUCGGCGUAGGGCUGAAACUGGAUCCUUAAGUACUGCUUCCAAGAACAUCGGGACUGCAUUAGCAAAGAUUUUUCUUGAGGCCCUUGGUUUCCAAGGGUACUCCAUGGGACCGGGUUUUGAUGUGUUGUCUGUGAAGUGUUGUUAUCUUGGAAAAGUUGUGGAUCACAUGGCGGCAUUGACAUUUGAUAACAGGCGGCGUAUCUGCUACACGGUAAUGAUAAAUAACUUCUAUGUCCAGGGGACUUUCAAGGAACUACUCACCACUUUUGAAGCUACAAGUCAGUUGCUAUGGUCAUUACCUCAUUCUGCUUCAACAUCUGGUGGUGAUAAUGAAAAUGGUGAAGGAAGCAAGUUAUCUCAUGGUUCAUGGUUACUUGAUACGUUACAGAGCUACUGUCGUCUUCUAGAGUUUUUUGUUAACUCUACCUUCCUGUUACCUCCAACCUCCACAUCUCAAGCUCAGUUGCUUGUACAGCCUGUUGCUGUUGGUUUAUCAAUCGGGUUGUUUCCUGUUCCUCGAGAUCCCGAAGUGUUUGUUCGUAUGCUGCAAUCUCAGGUUCUUGAUGUAAUACUUCCCAUCUGGAACCACCCUAUGCUUCCAAAUUGUAAUCCAGGGUUCAUUACUUCAAUUGUGACACUUGUCACCCAUGUAUACUGCGGUGUUGGGGAUGCAAAACGGACCCGGAGUGGUGUUUCUGGGAGUGGUAGCCAGAGGUUCAUGCCACCUCCACCUGAUGAAUCCACUAUUGCUACGAUUGUGGAGAUGGGUUUUACUAGAGCAAGGGCAGAGGAAGCAUUAAGACGAGUUGAAACGAAUAGUGUUGAGAUGGCCAUGGAAUGGUUGUUUACUCAUGCUGAAGAUCCUGUUCAGGAGGAUGAUGAGUUGGCGAGAGCACUUGCUUUAUCUCUAGGAAACUCAUCUGAGGGCCCAAAAGUAGAUAGCAACACGGAAAAAACAAGUGAUGUACAAACGGAAGUGGCGGAAACAAAGACACCGCCUAUUGAUGACAUUCUUGCAGCCACAAUGAAGUUGUUUCAAAGUAGUGAUACGAUGGCUUUUCCCUUGACUGAUUUGCUAGUCACGUUCUGUAAUAGGAACAAAGGAGAAGAUCGGCCGAAAGUGAUAUUGUACCUUAUUCAACAGCUAAAACUUUCUCCACUGGAGGCUUCGAAGGAGACAAGUACACUAUGUAUGAUAUCACACACAAUGGCAUUGCUUCUUGCUGAAGAUGUUACUGCUAGAGAAAUUGCUGUGAACAAUGGCAUUGUCUCUGUAUCAAUCGAUAUUUUAAUCAAGUUCUUGGAAGGAACCGAGUCACAAAGCGAGCUUCUUGUACCAAAAUGCAUCAGUGCUUUGCUUCUUAUCUUGGACAAUUUGUUGCAAUCCAGGCCAAAAGUUUCUUCCGAUAGCAAAGAAGCAUCUUUACCUGAUUUUAAGCAAGAGCAAGAGCAAGAGCAAAAGAAGGAAGGUGUUGAAGAGAAACCUACUCCAGUUGAUGUUGAUAAGGAAAAAGAAAAGGGCGGGGCAUUUGAAAAGAUAUUCGGGAAGUCCACUGGUUAUCUGACUAUUGAAGAGGGUAACAGGAUACUCAAUGUUGCAUGUGAUCUUAUCAAACGACAUGUCCCUGCUAUGGUUAUGCAAGCAGUUCUAUUGUUAUGUGCUCGCUUGACAAAAACACACACUCUGGCUCUACAGUUUCUUGAAAAUGGAGGUAUGAUUGAUCUUUUCAGUAUACCAAAGAGCUCUUUCUUUCCUGGAUACGACACAGUAGCUUCUGCUAUCAUUCGACAUCUCAUUGAAGAUCCCCAGACUCUACAAACAGCAAUGGAAUUGGAGGUAAGACAGGCAUUAAGUGGGACCCGCCAUGCUGGCCGUGUCCCCCCUCGAACAUUUUUGACAUCAAUGGCACCUCUUAUUUCUAGAGAUCCUGAGGUGUUCAUGAAAGCAGCAGCAAGCGUAUGUCAGUUGGAAACAACAGGAGGGAGAACUGUUGUUGUUUUGUCCAAGGAGAAGGAGAAGGAGAAAGAGAAAGAAAAGGAUAAAGAAAAAUCAAAAGCACCUGGUGUUGAAAUUGGUAUAUCUGAAAAUAAAUCUCAAGAUGGGCCAGCAAAGUGUGGUAAAGCCCAGAAAAAGAUUUCUGCUAAUCUGACACAGGUUGUUGAUCACCUGCUUGAAAUUAUAUCAAAAUAUUCUGAGGAAGAUUGCGUUAGAUCUGGUAAUGCUGCCAUGAACAUGGAGAUAGACGAGUCUACUGCCAACAAGGGUAAAAUGAAAGUGGAUGAAACAAGGAAAGAAUCAGACAGUCAAUCAGAAAGAUCAGCAGGGUUAGCUAAGGUGACAUUUGUCCUCAAGUUGCUGAGUGAUAUUCUUCUAAUGUAUGUACAUGCGGUUGGAAUAAUUCUGAAACGGGAUCUUGAGAUGUGUCAGCUGAGGGGAUAUAAUGAGGUAGAAUACCCUGGACAUGGUGGGAUUGUGCAUCAUGUUACACAUCGACUUCUCCACCCUUCCAUUGAUAACAAGAGUACAACUACAGCCUCAGGAUCUGAUGAAUGGAGAGGGAAAUUAUCCGAGAAAGCUUCGUGGUUUUUGGUGGUUUUGUGUGGUCGCUCAAGCGAAGGGCGUAGGCGUGUCAUUAAUGUCCUUGUGAAAGCCCUGUCAUCAUUUGCCAACUCAGCCAACAGCUCAUCUAAGGGCAGUUUAUUGCCUGAUAAACGGGUUCUUGCUUUUGUUGAUUUGGUUUAUUCGAUUUUGUCUAAAAAUUCAUCUUCCGGCAAUGUACCUGGUUCCGGAUGCUCUCCUGAUAUAGCCAAAGGAAUGAUUGAUGGAGGGAUGAUUCCGUGUCUCUCCAGCAUUCUUCAGGUACUGGAUCUCGACCAUCCGGACGCCCCUAAAGUUGUAAAUAUCAUUGUUAAAGCCAUGGAAGGGUUAACACGGGCCGCCAAUGCAGUGGAGCAACUCCCAUUAUCUGAUUUGGGUAACAAGAAAAAGUCGGUUAGUUUGAGUACCGGAUCCGAUAAUCAGAUGCCUGACAAUAACAAUAGUACCCCUGUUGACGAGAUACCCGAGGGUAAUAAUAAUAGUCAACAUGAGAUCGCAGAUGACAAUGACACUGAGCAACAUGAUGAAGAAACAACUCAGGAUGAGGGUGGUGGUGGUCAACAGUCAAACUUAAACCAGCCACCGGCAGAACAGGAGUUGAGAAUUGAAAUGGACGAAACUGAAGAGAUGGAAGAUGGCGGUGUGUUGCGUGAUUCUGAUCAGAUUGAAAUGACUUUUCAUGUUGAGGGUAGGGGUGGUGGUGAUGAAGAUGAUGACAUGGGCGAUGACGGUGAGGAUGACGAGGAUGAUGAGGAUGGCGAUGGAGAAGGCGAUGGCGAUGACGAGGAUGAGGAUAUAGCUGAAGAUGGUACUGCUUUGAUGUCACUGGCUGACACGGAUGUGGAGGACCAUGAUGAAACUGGGUUAGGAGAUGAGUAUCAGGAGGACGACAUGGUUGAUGAAGAGGACGAUGAUUAUCAUGAAAACCGUGUUAUUGAGGUGAGGUGGCGAGAGGCUCUGGAUGGUGUGCUGGGUCAACCGGGAGGAGAUAGUGGACUUAUCGACAUUGCUGCAGAGCCUUUCGAAGGUGUGAAUGUUGAUGACCUUUUUGGGCUUCGAAGACCUUUAGGGUUUGACCGACGCCGUCAACAGAGUCGAACCUCAUUUGAUAGGUCGGGUACAGAAGGGAAUGGAAUUGGGAGUGGGAGUGGGAAUGGUUUGCAGCAUCCUCUUUUAUUGAGACCUUCUCAGUCUGGUGACUUGGGUUCAAUUCAGGAAUUGGAAUCGUUAUCUGGUGGCAGCUUUGAUGUGGCUCAUUUCUAUAUGUUUGAUGCUCCUGUUCUUCCAUUCGAUCAUGCACAACAGUCUAGUGUAUUUGGUGACAGAGUUGGAAUUGGAGGAGCAGCCCCGCCGCCAUUGUCUGACUUUUCUGUUGGUUUGGAGUUGCGUGCACCUGGAAGAAGAGGACCGGGAGAUGGGCGGUGGACUGAUGACGGGCAACCACAAGCAGGUGGUCAGGCUGCUGCUAUUGUACAAGCUGUAGAAGAACUAUUCAUGUCUCAGUUACGCCCUCCAUCCACUACAACUUCUACUCAGAGACAACAUUCAGAUUCCCCCUUGCCCAAUGAUAAUCAGCCUGGUGGUGAGACUGAUCAAACUAAUACACCCCAUCAAGACCUUAAUGAAGUGGUUGAAAAUGUUCAAGUUCAGCCCAACACAGCUGUAGAAGAACAACAAGCGGAUGGCCACACCUCUCAAGACAAUGCACCGAAUAGUCACGAUAACAUGGAAAUCGGUGAUGGAAACGUUAAUGUGAAUGAGCAACAGGAUUUGUCAGCAAAUGAUGAGGAUGCAAGCAACCAUCUGUCGGUAACCUCAGGUGAUAAUGUGCUACCAGAUGUUGACAUGAAUGUUGCUGAUCCUGAUCAAGGAGGUGUCAUGGAGGAGUCAGACAGUCGCAUUGCCCGGCAGGAUAACAAUGGUCAACCAGAUGAAACGGGUGCAACUAAUGCAGAUGCAGCAGCAGCCCCAAAUGCAAAUGGCAUAGAUCCAACCUUCCUGGAGGCACUCCCUGCAGAUCUAAGGGCAGAAGUGUUGGCUUCACAACAAGCUCAAUCUGCCCCACCCCCACCUCCGGUUGCUGCUCCUGCUCCUGUUACUGCUGAAGAUAUUGAUCCAGAAUUCUUAGCUGCCCUUCCUCCAGAUAUUCAAGCAGAAGUUUUAGCCCAACAACGCGCACAGAGGGUCGCACAUCAAGCUGAAGGGCAACCUGUGGAUAUGGACAAUGCAUCAAUUAUAGCCACUUUUCCAGCUGAUUUACGCGAAGAGGUCCUGUUGACCUCUUCAGAGGCGGUUCUCUCAGCAUUGCCAUCUCCAUUGCUUGCUGAAGCACAGAUGCUGAGGGAUAGAGCUAUGAGUCACUAUCAGGCCCGUAGCUUGUUUGGAAAUAGCCAUAGACUGAAUAAUAAUCGUAGGAAUGGCUUGGGAUUUGAUAGGCAGACUGUAAUUGAUAGGGGUGUGGGUGUUACUAUAGGACGAAGGACAUCUUCUGCUCUUCUAGAAAACCUCAAAGUCAAGGAAGUCGAGGGGGACCCACUUCUAGAUCCUGAUGCAUUGAAAGCAUUGAUCAGACUUCUACGACUAGCACAGCCCCUUGGAAAAGGCCUUUUGCAGAGACUCUUUUUGAACUUAUGUGCUCAUAGUUACACAAGGGCAACCCUUGUUUUUCUGCUACUUUACAUGAUCAAGAUGGAGACUGAAGGCCCUGUAGGUGGAGGUGGAUUAACAACAGUAAACUCUCAGAGGCUUUAUGGCUGUCAGUCUAAUGUUGUUUAUGGCCGAUCACAGCUCUUGGAUGGUCUCCCACCUCUCGUACUGCGUCGGGUCCUUGAGAUUUUGACAUACUUGGCUACAAACCAUUCUUCUGUUGCUAAUUUGCUCUUCUACUUUGAUUCUUCACUUGUCCCGGAUUCCUUGAGUCUCAAAUACCAUGAUAAGAAGAACGAUAAGGGAAAAGAGAAAGUUGUUGAAGGAGGAGGAGGAUCUGGAUCCGAUGGUGAUAUACCUAUUUUAUUGUUUGUAAAGCUUUUGAAUCAGCCCCUUUUCCUUCGCAGUAUUGCCCAUCUAGAACAGGUCAUGGGUCUGCUUCAAGUGGUUGUAUACACUGCUGCUUCAAAACUUGAUUCCCAAUCUCAUACCGAACAAGAACAAGAACAAGCAGCAGCAGCUACAGCUAGCUCCCAAGGUCUUCCCGCCAUUGAAACUGCUACUGCUACUGCUAGUGACAAUCCUCCUGCUCAGGGAGAUUCUUCCUCAGCAGCAGAACCAAGUCAGGAUGAUAAAAGUGUGAGUGAUGGAUUAUCCACUUCAGAUGACCAGAAAAGUGUCAACAUGUAUGACAUCUUCAUGAAGCUACCACAACCUGAUUUACACAAUCUAUGCAGCCUUCUUGGCCAUGAGGGGCUAUCUGAUAAAGUUUACCUGCUUACUGGGGAAGUUCUGAAGAAAUUGGCAUCGGUUGCUCCUUUACAUAGAAAAUUCUUUAUUGUGGAGCUUUCAGAUUUAGCUCAUAGUCUGAGCAGUUCCGCCAUCAAAGAACUCAUCACUUUAAGAAACACACAAAUGUUGGGUCUGAGUGCUGGAUCCAUGGCUGGAGCUGCUGUUCUAAGAAUCCUUCAGACACUGAGUUCUCUCACUGUAUCUGGUGAAAAGAGUGAUGCUGAUGAUGAUGACAAUAAUCAGGAGCAUGUCACUAUGUGGAAACUAAACGUUUCACUGGAGCCUUUAUGGCAAGAAUUAAGCGAAUGCAUAAGUGUGACUGAAACACAGCUGGCACAAAGCUCAUUCUCUUCAGUUAUGUCCAACACCAACACCAAUGCCAAUGCUGGUGUUGACCAUGUCCAGGGUCAGGGUCAGGGUCAGGGUCAGGGUUCGGGUUCUUCAUCUCUAUCUCCUCCACUCCCUCCUGGAACCCAAAGGCUUUUGCCCUUCAUUGAAGCAUUUUUGGUUCUAUGUGAGAAGCUUCAAGCAAACAAUUCCAAUUCCAAUUCAUCUCUCCAGCAAGAAGACACGUAUGCAACAGCAAGGGAAGUGAAGGAACUUUCUGGAAGCUCAUCACCAAGUGGGGUUGAUGGUGCUGUGACAUUUUCUAGAUUUGCUGAGAAGCAUCGCCGGCUUUUGAAUGCUUUUGUCAGACAAAACCCCGGCUUGUUGGAGAAAUCACUUUCUAUGAUGCUGAAAGCACCCAGGUUGAUCGACUUUGACAACAAAAGAUCAUAUUUCCGUUCUAGAAUCAGACAGCAACACGAUCAACAUUUGGCUGGUCCACUCCGGAUAAGUGUUCGACGGGCAUAUGUUCUAGAAGAUUCCUAUAAUCAGUUACGGAUGCGACCUAGUCAGGAUUUGAAAGGACGCUUAAAUGUCCAUUUUCAAGGUGAAGAAGGUAUCGAUGCUGGUGGUUUAACAAGAGAAUGGUAUCAGUUGCUUUCCAGGGUCAUAUUUGACAAAGGUGCUUUGCUUUUUACAACUGGAGGGAACAAUGCAACCUUCCAGCCAAACCCUAAUUCUGUAUACCAGACAGAGCAUCUUUCUUACUUCAAAUUCGUUGGCCGUGUGGUUGCUAAAGCUUUGUUUGAUGGGCAACUGUUGGAUGUUUACUUCACUCGAUCCUUCUAUAAGCAUAUCCUUGGUGUGAAGGUAACAUAUCAUGACAUAGAGGCUGUUGAUCCUGAUUAUUACAAGAACUUAAAGUGGUUGCUGGAGAAUGAUGUAAGUGACAUACUGGACUUGACAUUUAGCAUGGAUGCCGAUGAAGAAAAACACAUUCUCUAUGAGAAGACAGAGGUUACUGAUUAUGAGCUGAAACCGGGAGGACGGAACAUAAGGGUGACAGAAGAAACAAAGCAUGAAUAUGUGGAUCUUGUUGCUGAACAUAUUCUGACAAAUGCGAUACGCCCUCAAAUAAAUUCAUUCUUGGAGGGUUUUAAUGAGUUGAUUCCACGUGACCUUAUUUCUAUUUUUAAUGAUAAAGAGCUUGAGCUGCUCAUCAGUGGACUCCCAGAGAUUGACUUGGAUGAUCUGAAGGCAAAUGCUGAAUACACAGGAUACACAGUAGGUUCUGGUGCUGUUGUGUGGUUUUGGGAGGUUGUGAAAGCAUUUAAUAAAGAAGAUAGGGCGAGAUUGCUUCAAUUUGUCACUGGUACAUCAAAGGUUCCAUUGGAAGGCUUUAAAGCACUACAAGGUAUAUCGGGUCCACAGAGGUUCCAAAUUCAUAAAGCUUAUGGAGCACCAGAGAGGCUGCCGUCUGCUCAUACCUGCUUCAACCAAUUAGAUCUUCCUGAGUACACAUCAAAGGAACAGCUUCAAGAGCGGUUGCUGCUUGCUAUCCAUGAAGCUAGUGAAGGUUUUGGGUUCGGCUAGUCAUUUCAAUUUGUUUCAGCUAUAUGUUAUUAUGUAUAGAUGUUGAUUUUUCUCAGAUAAAGAAUGAAGAUUGGUUAUGAAUCGUGAUGCGUUCGUGAAUUUUGAAGAACAAGUCAUGACAAGAAAGAGAAAAAGUGAUAGACUGAUGAUAUUCUUGUUAUGUUUGAACAAGUGGGUGGUUGGUUGGUUGGUUUUUGGGGCUCUAUUUGUAAGCAUGGAAAAUGCUGUGGUCUUAUGGGUUGCUUUUGCUUCCUUCUUAGUAGUUUUAGUUUUAGUAGUAGAAUAAUAAAAUGAUAUAAUGAUGGAAACUUGACAAAACAUGAAACAUCCACUGGCUUGGCUUCCUGUAAGUAAAUUUUAUUAC